UACUUCCAAUAAAAUAUAUAAAACCAGAGCAAAACGAGACAGGCAUCCGCAGAGUGAAACAGGCAGUAACCUUCAUCAUGGAGCUGUCUGGAGCCGUCACCCUGCUCCUUAUCCUCGGCCUCUCCUGCCUGCUUCUCACCGUAUUUAAAAGGAAGACCUCAGCCAAGGGGAAGCUCCCCCCUGGACCCACCCCCCUGCCCCUGAUUGGGAAUUUCCUGCAAAUCAAGUCCUCUCAGACCUUAAAAUCUCUUCUCAAGCUGAGGGACAAAUAUGGGCCAGUCUUCACCGUCUAUUUUGGAAGUCGUCCAAUUGUGGUCCUGUGCGGACACGAUGCUGUGAAAGAGGCCCUGAUAGACAAGGCAGAGGAAUUCAGUGGGAGGAAAACCAACCCGACCCUGGAGAGGACCUUCCAAGGACAUGGUGUUGUGUUUGCCAAUGGUGAGCGCUGGAAGCAACUCCGCCGGUUCUCUCUCACCGUCUUGAGGAAUUUUGGGAUGGGGAAAAAGUCCAUUGAGGAGCGAAUCCAGGAAGAGGCCCAGUUCCUGCUGGAGGAAUUUAGGAAGACCAAAGGGAAGCCCUUUGACCCCACGUAUUUCUUCAGCCGAGCGGUCUCCAACGUCAUCUGCUCCAUCGUCUUUGGAAACCGCUUUGACUACGAGGACCAGGAAUUCCAGACCCUCAUGGAAAUGAUAAGGAACAGCUUCCGGGAGUUGAGUACAGCUUCAGCUCAGCUCUAUGAUAUCUACGUUAACUUCCUGAAGUACUUUCCUGGGCCCGAAACCAAAAUAUAUGAUAUGUUUGAAGUAAUGAGGGUCUUUGUUGCCAAGAAAGUGAAGCAGAACCAAGAGACCCUGGAUUCCAAUUACCAGCGAGACUUCAUCGACUGCUUCCUCCUUCAGAUGGAAAAGGAAAAAUAUAACCCAGCCAGCGAAUUCCAGAUGAAGAACCUGGAGCUCACAACCCUUAACCUGUUCAUUGGUGGGACAGAGACGGUCAGCUCCACACUCAGAUAUGGCUUUCUGUUGCUGAUGAAAUAUCCUGAGGUGGAAGCCAAGAUGCAUGAAGAAAUUGACCAAGUGAUUGGCCAUAGCCGGGCCCCUAACAUUGAAGACCGAAGCCAAAUGCCUUACACAGAUGCUGUCAUCCAUGAAAUACAGAGGUUCAGUGACCUCCUCCCCUUGGGUGUACCUCACAUGGUUGUCCGUGACACAGAAUUCAGAGGCUACGUCAUCCCUAAGGGCACAGAGGUUUACCCCUUACUCCACAGUGUUCUGCACGACCCAACAAAAUUUAAGAACCCCAAUGAAUUUAACCCGGGCCACUUCCUGGAUGAGAAUGGACGCUUUAAAAAGAAUGAUGCAUUUGUGCCAUUUUCCUCAGGGAAGCGGAUCUGUCUGGGAGAAUCCUUGGCCCGCAUGGAGCUUUUCCUCUUCUUCACCACAAUUCUGCAGCGCUUCCAGCUGAAGGCCCUCGUGGCCCCUAAAGAUAUUGACACGACUCCCCAGGAGAGUGGCUUUGCCACCAUCCCACCCCCCUACCAGUUCUGCAUUAUCCCACGCUGAGUGAGGAGAGACCAAAUACUCUAUCUCGAAUCACUGUAUUUACUGGAUUCUCAAAACUCUAAAGGGGAACUGAAAAUAUUUUGCUUCAUAGCACCUUCAAAGGGUGUUUCUACAUUUAAAUGGCUUCCUAAUUUAUUCACAUAGAUUAUGCCCUGUUGGAACAGGUGCGUUUGGCAGCCUGGGCAGGAAUGUUACCCCUUUCACCCACUGCAGCCUUUUCCCUAACCUUGCUUUUUGUAUUUUCUGUGUAUAAAAUAUAAAUACAUAAGUGAAACUGUUGUGAUUGCCUUGGAAGUAUAUAUAUAUUAAAAAAGAUUUGCGCACAUAG